GGAUCAUUUCUAAAAUGAAAUUACAGGCGCUUUCUGGAAAACAGGAGGCAAAAGCACCUGUUCUGUGUAACUACUAUCCUGAGGAAUAACAGCAUCCAGUAAUGAAUGCAUAAAUCCUAUUUGCAAGUCUGUAGCAAGAGAAGACAGCGCUUCUGCUGUUAUAAAACAAGCCCCACAUCCACAAGAAGUAAAGCUCCACGUCCAUGUUUUCUGUUCUGCUUGAAUAUAUAGGACAUGUAUUGCAAUGCUAUGCUUGCCACACUGCUGCAGUAUACUUGUUUUGCAGCGCUCCAUAGCAGGCUAAGCACAAUUGGGAAUUACCAGCACCUUGGAUACAUAAUUUGAAAUCUCUGGCCUUCAUGCUGUUGUACGAUCUGUGUGAUGUUGCUGCGGGAAUGUGCAUAUUCCUGUUCACUGAGUGGCCAAAUCAUCUUUUUGGAUGCUGCUAGCAAUACGUUAGCCAUUUAAGAGUCUCAAUGCACAUUGUGUGGUGAACCAGAAGCGCAUCAUAGAGAGCAGAUGGGAGGGAGGCAGUGGACUUUAUCUGGACUUCCAAAAGGCAAUUGCCAUUGUACAACACAAGAAUAUUAACAAAUAUGGCAUUGAGGGAAAUAAACUGAAAUGGAUAGAAAACUGUCUUGGCGGAAGAAGACCGAAGAUCAACAGCAAUAUUCAUGGUCACCUUCACAGCAGUUCAAUGAAGAAAAAUAUUCGCCCGCCCUAAGAAGCAUGAAAGGAUUAUCUGGUAGUCGUAACCAAUCCCAGCUAUGCUCUGGACAUACAUGUGGUCUAGCAUCUUCUGAGGAUUGUGAACAUGUGCAUGAACAUGUCCAUCAUGGUCAAGAGCCUAGGCAAUCAUAUCUCCUUAGCCCGACAGAGAGCUAUCAAAUGGACCAUCACCAUUGCUCACCACGGAGCUCCAUUCAUUCAGAAUGCAUGAUGAUGCCUGUGAUGAUGAGUGAUCACAUGUCAAGUAGCACUUUUCCCAGGAUGCACUAUAGUUCACAUUACGAUACCCGAGAUGACUGUACUGUGACACAUACUAGUAGCACUAAAAUAAAUAGAAUUCCAGCAAAUCUGUUGGAUCAAUUUGAGAAGCAGCUUCCUCUACAUAGGGAUGGAUUUCAUACCUUACAAUAUCAAAAGGCAUCCACCGCUACUGAACAGCGAACAGAAAGCCCAGGGAGAAUAAGACAUCUUGUUCAUUCGGUUCAGAAACUUUUUACAAAAUCUCAUUCUUUGGAAGGUUCCUCAAAAGGAAAUGUGAAUGGUACAAAGGGAGACAGCCGAGAUGAUCACCAUCAUAGUCACUACUCAAAGCAUAGCAAGAGGAGUAAAAGUAAGGAACGAAAGCCAGAGAGCAAGCCUAAAUCUGGGAUGACAGGUUGGUGGAGCUCUGAUGAUAAUUUGGACAGUGAUAGUACUUAUCGAACAUCUAGUGUAAUGAAUAGGCAUCAUGCUGAUCACAUAUCUCAUUGUUAUCCUGAAAAUCUUCAGGGCCACUUUGGAGAUCUUUCCCUAAAAACAUCUAAAAGUAACAAUGAUAUGAAAUGUUCUGCAUGUGAAGGGCUGUCCAUGACACCUGAAGGUAAAUUUAUGAAAAGGAGUUCCUGGUCUACACUUACUGUAAGCCAAGCUAAAGAAGCUUAUCGCAAAUCAUCAUUGAACCUGGAUAAGCCUCUAGUUCAUCAAGAUAUUAAAUCUUCCUUGCGACCAUGUCAUUACCUUCAGGUGCCUCAAGAUGAAUGGGGAGGGUACCCAUCAGGUAGCAAAGAUGAAGAGAUUCCCUGUCGGAGAAUGCGAAGUGGAAGUUACAUAAAAGCCAUGGAGGAAGAUAGUGGAGACUCUGAUACAAGCCCUAAAACAUCUCCGAAAAUAUCGCCAAGGCCAGAGCCUUUGUUAAAAUCAGUUGGACACAGAUCCCAUGUGGAGAUUCAGAACCAGAGCUACCUACAAGCUGCAAGUGAAAUGCUUCCUGGCCUUGUUCUGGACCCAUCAGGGAAUUACAAUUCUCCUAAAUUUCGUUCUCGAAACCAGAGUUAUAUGAGGGCGGUCAGCACACUCAGUCAGGCCAGCUGUGUCAGUCAGGAUUUCCUCAUUGAAAGUCUGCAAGAAUGCUUUACCUCAAAGGAAUAUCCUGAGAUCAAGAUGAGCGAGAAAGAAAUAAAUGGACAAUAUGAGUCGGUAAAUGAAUCGGUCUUCAGUGAAGCUGACUCGCAUGCAGUGGAUGCUUUGGACCUCCCAGGAUGCUUUAGAACAAGGAGCCACAGUUAUUUAAGAGCUAUACAGGCUGGUUAUUCACAGGAUGAUGACUGUAUCCCUGCUAUCACUACUUCCAAUGUCACCUCAUCUACCAGGUCAACAACAGCUGCUACAUAUGCGAAUUACAAAAAAACACCUCCACCAGUCCCACCACGCACCACCUCAAAACCACUUAUCUCAGUGACAGCACAAAGCAGCACAGAGUCUACCCAAGAUGCCUAUCAUGACAAGCGAACUCAAAGGAUAUCACCUUGGCCUCAUGAUGGUAGGGGACUUUACAAUUCCAUAGAAAGCCUUGACAGCAACAAGGCCAUGAAUCUUGCCCUAGAAUCUGCUGCAGCACAUCGCCAUGCCUCAGAGAUAAAGAGCACCUCUGUAAAAAGCACCAGCGAUAAAGCUGUUCUAGUGAAAAAAUCGGAUGAAUUCCUUAAGAAGAGGCGAGCCUCAAUAGGAAUCCAGGUGGAAGCUGCAGACUCUGACUCUGAGAGUAAAGGACAUCGGGAAUAUCAUUCUGUGGGAGUGCAGGUGGAAGAUGAAAAAAGGCAAGGGCGUUUUAAACGGUCAAACAGUGUGACUGCAGCUGUGCAAGCUGACCUUGAGUUAGAGGGAUUCCCAGAACAUAUCACAAUGGAGGACAAAGGCCUACAGUUUGGAUCUUCAUUUCAGAGACAUUCUGAACCUAGUACUCCAACCCAGUAUGGUGCAGUAAGAACAGUACGGACUCAGGGAUUGUUUAGCUAUAGAGAAGAUUAUAGGACGCCAGACACAUCAAAUCUACCACCACCAGACCCAUGGCUUGAGCCAUCUCAUGAGACAGUGGAUUCUGGUAGAAUAUCCCCUAGUAGACAAGAUGGUACAUGGUUCAUGAAGCUGCUUCAUGCGGAAACUAAAAGAAUGGAAGAAUGGUGUAAGGACAUGGAGAGAGAAGCAGAAGAAAAUGACCUCUCAGAAGAAAAUCUAGGUAAAAUCAGGAGCGCAGUUGGAAGUGCACAGCUUCUAAUGUCUCAGAAGUUUCAACAAUUUUACUGGCUUUGUCAGCAGAAUAUGGACCCAAGUGCCAUGCCCAGACCAACCUCCCAAGAUUUAGCAGGAUUCUGGGACCUGUUGCAGCUCUCCAUAGAAGAUGUAAGCAUUAAAUUCGAUAAACUGCAUCAGUUAAAAGCCAAUGAUUGGAAAGCAAUUGAUUCACCCGAAAAGAAGGAUGACAAAAAGCUCCCACAUCCUAUAAUACCAAAGAAACCCACCAGAGGAAAAUUCCCCAUUGCUAGAGAAAGAUCACUUGAUCUACCUGACCGACAAAGACAAGAAGCAAGAAGAAGGUUAAUGGCUGCAAAAAGAGCAGCGUCAUUUCGGCAAAAUUCGACAAGUGAGCGAGCAGACAGCAUUGAAAUCUAUAUACCUGAAGCCCAAACAAGGCUUUAAAUACUGCAACAUUUUCAUUUUUUUGUAACAGAUAAAGACAUGCUUGUACAGUUUGUAACACACCUGGUCAUUUUAGCCCUAUCUCUCUACUGAAUAUACCCUCGUUGUUGUGUUCUUUGUGCCAUAAGCGCAGUGGAAUGCUUUUUUUUUUUUCCUCCGAAUUCACGAAACUCACUGCAAAACAUAUUUUGUAUAUCAUGCCAGACAUCCAACCAGCUACAUGCACAGGGCUUGAUAUGACCUAGUUUCUCCAACAUGUUCUCAAGGACAACAAGAAAAACCUCUCAAGAUGGAAUCAUGGUUAAAAUUCUUAUUUCUAUUUUUAUAAAUCAUUUGAUAAUUAGGAACAACGAUUAAACAGACAAAAGACUAAUGGGUACAUCUCGGCCCCUCACUACAGGCAUUAGCUAUUCCAAGUAGAAGGUGCUACAAAUUUGAAAGGAUAUUUAAUUGUUGACCUCUGGUUCCUUUAAAUUGCAUCAGUAGAGAUAUGUAUCCAUGCUGCUCCACCCUAGCACUGCUAAACCCUAAUCACAAUCUCAUCUCAAGAGCCUGGGUCUGAGCAAAGAUCUGCCAAAUGAUUAAAAUUCCAAAGCUUUUGGUUCCACAGAAAAUGUGACUGCUAUUCCAGCUUGUUUAUGGAACAUGGCUAGAUGCACCUCUACAAUCAACAGUGUGUCCAACUAGCUGCUCAAUAUCAAUGCAAGAGAACUUCAGGGGAGGGGACAAGAAAAGAAAGUGAAUGCCUUAAAUCAUCUUUUUUCUUAGAUAUAUAUGGCUCAUUCGUUUUGAUUUACAUUGGGUUCCAUUUUAUUUCUUUUAAUAGAUAUACAAUUAAAAUAUUUGCAG